AAUAGUAUUUUCUUUUGCUUUGCGGUGAUGUUGCACGAAUAAAGUUGAAUAAAGAUUAUAAUUUUAACAUAAUAAUGAAUGCUAAUGUCGAUACAGAAGAUUGCCAAGCAUUAUCAGCAAUAGACGAAGUUGAAAGUCCGCGGAAGCGAAUGCGUUUGGACUCGUCUGGGCGCAAAAGCUGGAGCAUGAUGGACCGUAAAACCGAUACCGAAGUAUUACAGGAAAUGGGUGUGAGUGUAUUAGAUCAAGAUGACUCUGAGACUCCAUGUGAAAGUUCUAGCGCUACGAAAUCCCUAAAACGCAAACACGAUAUAGAAAACGUAAAUCCAAAUAUAAAUGGUGUGACAUCACCGCGAAGCAGGUAUAGUCCUAAAAUAGCGAAAACCAAAUGCAGUCCCAGCCCUGGUCCUUCGAGGAGCCCUAGGAGCUUGGAGAAAGCGAAACCUCUCCAAGAUGUAUUGGAAUCGUCCCUCAUACAAGAGUAUCAUAUAGACGAAGAUACCCCGUUGGCCCAAAUAUAUGGUGGGUAUGGGGCGUAUAUAGCUUCUAGCGGGACGAAAGGAAAUGCUAGUACACGUCUAGGCCUUGAAGAACAAGAGAUUCUAGCUAGGAAAGAGAAAUUCGAGCCAAGCGGUGCGGACACAUUCACAUUACUGUCAGACGAAAUGAUUCUAAGCGUUUUUAAAUGGUUGCCGAAAAGGACACUGGCACAUUGUAUGACUGUGUGCAAACGAUGGUACCGAGUGGCCUGCGAUGAAACACUAUGGCAAAGAUUAGAUCUAGGCAAUAAGACAUUAUCUAAAGAUGCUCUAGGAAGGAUAUUGUGUAGGAAACCUAUUAUUUUGAGAUUAGCUAGUUCAGAAAUCGGCGAUUGGAUCCCACAAACAAUCACAACGACACGUAUUCAAUACUUAGACCUCAGCAUGAGUGCUAUAUCACGACAAACGUUGGCCAAGUUGGUCGAACAUUGCCCAUCGUUGCGGAAACUCAGCUUGGAGAGCUUGCCGCUAGAUGAUGGGAUAAUGGCGUUGAUUGGACAGUGCUCGAGUUUAGAAACAUUAAAUUUAACCAUGGCUCAGGGAAUCACACCGGAAGGCUUGAAGAGCUUACUCGAUGGAUGUACUUGCCUACAAUCACUAAACAUAUCUUGGUGCAAUUUAAACGAAGAAGCGUUGAACAUUUUAGUAACAUGUCUACCGUCCAAAUUACAAAGGUUAAAUUUGAGUGGAGCGAGGAUUAUGAAUGAUGAAACUGUAUCUCAACUGGCAGUCCGUUGUCCACGUCUCUUAGAACUGGAUCUAUCAGAUUGUCCGCUACUUGGCCGAGCGGCUUUGAAUGCACUACUACCAUUAUCAAGAUUGGAACAUUUAGCAUUGAGCCGAUGUUAUUUACUGCCUCCGCAUGCUUUAACUAAACUAAGCAGUAUGACGGCACUACAAUAUCUAGAAGUGUGGGGAAUGUUGCCCGCCAUUUCUUUGAGUGCAUUGAGAGCAGCCACACCGCACAUACAGAUCAACCAGUUUAUGUUCAGUGCAAUCGCCCGGCCUACAGUUGGAGCCCGACGCACAUCAAUAUGGGGACUGCGGACCAGAGACUGACUUAUUUAGUUACAACUAGCUGUGCCCCGCGGUUUUACCCGCAUUGCUCCGCGUGUUGGUCUUAACGAGAUGAUAUAUAGCCUAUAGCCUUCCUCGAUAAAUGGGCUAUCUAACACGGAAUUAAUUUUUCAAAUCGGACCAGCCCCAAACAGACAAAACAACAGAGACAAACAAGACAAACGUAUCUACAGCUUACGUCAAUCUCAUACAU